AGACUUCUGUUUAUUCAGUUUGCUUUUUAUUCUUUUCUUUUAGGUUUUCACUAAAAUUACUUUUUACUUAGGUAAGGAAUUUUUUUGAUUCCUUAUGCAUAAUAUCGUGUGAUGGCAACCACGUUUUAUUUUUAAACCCCCUAUUAAAGUAACUUUUACUAAACUAACCUUCAUAUUUUUUAUAAGAAAAUCCACUAGUUUUUUAUAAGAAGUAUGGCAUUGGCUCUUUAUUUUUCAAUUUCUUUGCAUGCUCUCUUAGAACUCUCUCCGGGACUUUUAUUGUGUAGCCUAUUAUGAGUUAGGGGUGGUAAUUGGUCGUUAUCGAUUAACCAGUUACCGACCGACCCGGUUACGGUAUACCGUUUACCAUGAGGAAGAGGCCGAAUACCGAUACCGGUUUGUAAUCGGUUAACCGGUUACCAAAUAGACGGUUACCGGUUACCAACCGGUUAGACCGAGUACCGACUACCAUCUCCGCCACCUCUCUAUUUUCAUUCUCCCGAACCGUCCUCUCUCUCUCCCCCCAACCCUCCCCAACCCUCCUCUCUCUCCCGAUCUCCUCUCCCAGCCUCCCGCUCUUUCUCGAUCUCCUCUCCCCAUCCCUACCGCCACCGUCGCAUGCGGGCAUCACACAAGUUUUCUCUCCGCCGCUCAGACCACCAGCCGUAGCCGCCGCCGGAUUAGGGAUUUUUUGGGGUUUCUGUAGAUCCAGGUGGUCUUCAAUUCGGCCGAUUGUCUUUCGGCGGCGGGUCACGACGGGUCAUUGUUGGGUGUCGAUUAGAGAAUGGAGAGGAUUGUGUUUUUAUGGAGAUCGAAAGAGAGUCAAGGGAGGGCUGUGGACUCACUGCAUGUUCUUAUUCCGCUUCCAUGAACUCUAAUCGCUCGCCCCUGUUUAAGGAUUUGGGCUCUUUUGGUUCUAGAUAUGGAAUUCGGCAGCUGGGCUUCUCUCAAUUUCGCGGUUUCUGGCGGUGGAAGAGGAGGAUAUGGUAAUGGUAACUCUGGCGGAGGCAGGGGUGGUGAGGCGCUGAUGAUGGUGACAGCUGCUCCAAGUAGGGAGGGAGGAGGAGAAGACGGAGACGUACUGAUGGUGGAAUAUCUGGGUGGUGUUUGGUCUUGUCGGAGGGAGAAGAGAAGACGGAGAACUGGUGGUGGUCGAUCUGCUCGCGGGGCCGAGUCAACAAAGUAGGGAAGGAUCGAAUUAAUAGAUUAGGGAUUC